GUGCCCAUGUCUCCGGGGUUGAUUUGUAUCAACAAAUGUAUAGCAACUCCAUCAACAAUGCGGACGAAUUCUGGAGGACUGUGGCCAAGGAGCUCUACUUCGAGAGCGAUUCCAGGAAGACUGCUUCAUAUUCAUGCCCUCCCCUCUUCCUUUCAUCCUUUUGGCCAGAUCAAUAUAUUGACAUUUUUAAAGAUUCACACAUCACUUACGAUGAGCUUCAGGGACUUGAAUGGAACUUUGACUGCCGCAAGGGAGAUGUUUUUGUGCGUUUCAUGGAUGGAGCUCGAACAAACAUCGCAUACAAUUGCCUGGAACGAAAUAUUAAAAAAGGCAAGCCCACUGAACGCUUUAACUGCUCCGUUACAUUUAUCUCAAUGCUAGCACAAUUCCACAGAU